AUGUAAUAAGAUUAUUUAAAUGGUCUAAAAGUAAUUUAUAGGGUUAUAACGUUUAUCAAACGUUAUAAAUAUUCAAAUUUAUCCUGUUCUUUGUGCACAUUUUAAUGUGUUAUUCAUACACAUAAUAUCAAAUCUUAAAAAUAACAAAUGUUUUGUACACACAAAAAUAACAUAACGAAAUUUAAUUUUAUAAUUUGUUUGUAACUGCCAUAUUUUUGAAAACUGCGUGCGACGAAAUUCACUCCACCAAUCGUAGCGUUGGCGGCAAUUGUAAAAUUUUACAAAAAUAAAAUCAACCUUUACCCUUAAUUAUUCCUCAUUGUUACGAAUGUACGAGUAAUUUAAAGGCGAAUUUGAAAUCAUCUAAUAUUAUUUAUGAAGCAGAUCCUUGAAAUAGAAAUUUAAACAAGCCACUUUAUACAUUUGUCAUUUGUUAUAAAAUUUACAUGCAAUUGGUUCGUUAUUUUACACAAAUACCGUGCAAGACGUCGUGCGAACCCCAUUAUAAAGGAGGCGGGUUUCUUGUUCACUCGUAAUUUUAGUCAUCCGCGAACGCGAUUUUUUUUUCUGAUAAAUUACGUUAUUCUCACCUUCGAGAUACGUCGUUAAAUUUUUUCACUUGUACAGUGUUCUCUUCCGUGACGCAGUUAAAUAAUAAUUAGGUGUUCUCUCUUUCUACGUAACUUCGAUCAAGCAGCAACAUAUUUAAAACAAUAUGCAGCGUAAAAAUUUUCUGUUUGAACGAUCGGAUUUGGAUCAGCCAACUUCCACGGUAUUGUUCAAAAAAUGGGAAUUCGAAAAAGAAGAAUUUUCCACCUCGUCGACAAAUUUGUUGUCACAGUUCAAUUUAUCUCGUACGCUUGGUGAGAACACGAAUAUCUUGCCUUUUUAUACAACGCCACCGAUGGAAAUGAAAAUUGCAUCAAUGCCAAAAGCGCCGAUCAAACAGAAAAAGCUUCCUCGAAAGGGAGAUUUAAAGCCAAAAAAGUUACAGUAUUCAGACGAAGAAUCAGAAGUUUCUACCGCCGUGGAUAGCGGUAUACACUUCGAGUCCAUACACUCAAACAACGCACUAUUCUGCAAACAUACCGCGAAAUACAAUAGAUUUGAUUCUUUUCAAAAAUGUACACGCAGAUUGCGGCCUAUGUUAGAUAAAAUUAAGGGGCAAACGAACGAUAAAGAAAACGAUAAAAAUAUUGUAAAUCAUAGAUCUACAAAUACACCAAACAGCAGAAAUAAUUUAGGACAAACGUCAUCCGUAGUAUUUAAUUCAAAUACUGAAAUAUUUUCUGAUCAUAAUGAUAAUUAUGAAUGGAAAGAUAUACUAUAUUGGCUACAACCUCAAAGAGAUAUUGGUCUAUGGGUCCAGUGCUGUAGAAAAGACUGUCACAAGUUUAGAUAUGUUGAUAACUACCAUGAUCCAACAGAUGUACCCAAAAAAUGGUUCUGUGAAAUGAAUUCUGAUAAGUCAAUAGCAUCUUGUAGCAUACCAGAACAACCUAUAUCACCUGCUGAUAAAUCUAAUUUGAUUGAAAAUACUUAUAAUGCAGGUAGCAUUGUUUGGGCACGUGUUUCUGGUUUUCCUUGGUGGCCUGGAAUAGUUAAUGAUAACCCUGACACAUUUGCAUACUAUGAAUUACAGAAAAAAACAAUUAAACCUGUAAGAUAUUAUGUUACAUUUUUUAACGAAGAACAGCUUGAUGCUGCUUGGAUUCAUAAACAAAAUCUUAAACCAUUAGCAUCACAUAAAUAUAGCCAAGUUAUUAAAAAGACAAAUUAUUUUGGAAUAGAAUACAAACAACCCUUAAAAAAAGCAUAUCAAACAGCUUUAAGCGCUCUCCCAUUAUCAAUUCUAGAGAGACUGAGAAAAUAUAGUUUCCUGGCACAAUAUGAAAAAUUUUAUGAUACAAAUAAUAAUGUUAAUAGACCUAUUACCCAAACCUCUCAGAUGGAAAUAGUAGAAAAUUCAGAUGAUGAGAGACAACAUUCAAAUUCGAGGAAACACAUUACGUUAAAGGAGUUUUAUUUAAGCACACUUCAAAUACCAAAUUUCAAAACAAUUUCUGUCAUAAAUAACAAAUAAGGUAUUUUCUUAUAAAACAAUAAAGAAUCAGAACUCAUUUCACUCAUAUUAAAUAUUAUUUAGUCUACUUGUUUUCAUAAAGAAAUUAUGUAAAAAUAAUGUAUAAUUUUAUGUUUAUAAAUUUCUGUAAUUCACAUGUAAUUGAAUACAUAACAUAUAUGUAAUAAUUAAAUUGUAUAUUUAUUACGUGUUAUAUAUCAAUGACACAGACGAUGUAUAGGAUCAUUGACUACAGAUCAAAGAACAUUGGACAAGCCUUUGUUUUCAAGGGGUCUUGAGGUUAUGCUUUGAAAACGGGCGCCAUCUGCUCUAUCCUAGCCGACAAUACCGACGUCACUCAAACCGCCAUUUUGUCAG